GGCCUUUCCAGAAGAUGUUCAGGAGGCAAUCACGACGGAAUGCCAGGCAAAAUACCAUGCCUAUGCAGAUGGCAAAAAGAAGUGCAUCCAUGUUGUUGGGCCGGACUUCCGCGAUAGCUUUGAUGACCCGGACUGCACCAUCGAGAACGCUGUGAAGAAAUUAGCCCUUGCCUAUGGCAACGUCUUUGAAGAGUUUUGCGCCGACAAGAGUCUCAAGAAGAUGAGGUUGUUGCCUAUCAGUGGCGGCAUUUUCAGCGGACCUUUCAAGGACGAUCUGCCGGAAAUAACUGCAAAGGCAGUACAGGCGGCUUAUGAUGCGCUCACAGCGGAGAAGAAGGAACACAUCAUGCAGUCCAGCAUUGAGAUGUGUAUCUUUAUGGAGCCGGAGUUCAAACUCUUUGCCUCCGCCUUUGGACAAUCGCUUCCGCCAGCGGCUCCAGAAGCUGUGGCGGCGGAGUUAAAGGACUGAACCGGUGCUUCCGCCGCAACGCCCUGCCAAAA